GACGCAAUGGGCUGCUUAGGCGAUUGCUCCGAAUUGGGGCCACCGCCCGAUAUGAUACUAUCGAUGCCUCCGCCACCAUUGUCAUCGUUUUUGCUGCCGCGGAAUGCACUGGCUCCUCGACCAGCGAACAACUCGUUGUCCUGCAUUGCAGCGUUCAUGUGCGAGCCUUCGCUGAAGGCAAAUGAGCAAUCCGGAAUGGAUUUCAUCGAGCUGUCAGGAAAUGGAAUGGAUGAUACAUGGGUAUUUGUACUCGUUUCAUCCUGUGUUGGUGUGUUGCUGUUGGGUGCUCUCCUGGCAAUGAUACUAAUUAAAUGCAGAGACGCUUAUAAUUACUCGUAUCAUGAUAGUAAUUUAAAGCACCCGCCUCUAGCCUCACUUAACGAGCCACAUCUCGGCACAACAAAGUCCGGAUUUAUGCCAGGUACCAUCCUAUAUCCGAACAACCAGCAAAUUGUGUCGGAUAAUCGAACCCUUUGGGCAACGUUGACCCCUCAUGGAACGACACAACAUUUUAUAUCGGACUCGUACUGUAACCCGGAUGAUCACUACGAAGUAAUUGACUAUGGUCGAAAACAUGAACAGUACAUUCCGUCGACCCAAAACACGAUCGUCAAAAAUAAGAAUUCGUUCGAGAAUUCCGGUUUCGUAGAUUACGACUACGAAGAUCCUACACCACUGAUGGAAUCGUACAAUAACUUUGAUGAUAUGGACUCCGGCUACCAAGAGCCACAGGAAGUGAUUGGAUCGCUCAAUCGGAACCGUUCGAUCGUCUCAUCGCCAACCAGAAUUGAGAACCCGAAUCUGGCUCCACUGAAUCUCUAUCCGACACAUCGCAGCAAUAGUACGCUAAGCAAGAAAAAUGCCACACUCAGCAGACGCAUCAGUGAUAUCAAGAACUAA